AAAGUUGGGCAAGGGCAUUUUUGUAUUUCCAUGCCAAGGAUAAACUUAAUACGAAACUCAGUUCACCCAUCUAAACUUCAUCUUCAAUGGCAACUGAGGCGCUUUUCUCUACAUAAACCUCCGGCAAAGGCAGCAGCGGCGCCGCUGCUGGGCUUGGCUGAGCCUAUGGCGGCGAGGCUUACUAUAUAUAUAGGUUCUAUUUAAUUUGUGGUAUGAUACAUACAUGGCACGCAGGAUUCAGCCAGGCAAAUAAUAUUACAAGAGGUACAUCGAUAUGUAUUCUGUAUUUUGUAUUCAUAUAUUAUAUUUAUGUUGAGGGAUGUGGCCAUUUUUGCCUUAUUUUUGAGAUUAUGGAACGAUCAUGGAUUCCCUAGUGGGAUUAGAGAUUCAAAAUAUGUCUUUGUAGAAUUUAAUUUUCCAUUUAGAUGUUCUUUCUCUACUUUGAAAUUAAUUUUAUAAUUUUUU